UUCAGCCCCCCCGGUGCGAAAAGGCCACACGAUGCACCGAAGGAAAAAAGAAAGAAAGAAAGAAAGCUGGCGAUCGAUAUGGUAGAUAUCCCAAAAGCCAUACAUGUUGCGCAGUGCGCAGGUCGACACAAGAGUUUAAAAGGCCACGCAUUCCCCCUUUGACUGGUUGAAAGGGGAAAACAAGAACAACAACACGAUCUUGCAAGCGUGCGAGAAGCUAGAGGACCAAGAACAAGCACUCCUCCUCCUCCUCCUCCUCGAUCCUCCUCCAAGAAGACGGCCGAUCCAUCGAUCGAGCUAGCGGCAGGUGCAGAGAUCAUGUGGGAAGGGGCUGGCGCCGUCCAUGGCAGCCACGAGGCGCUCCUGCUCCAGGCCACCGGCGGAGAUCGAUCCAUCGACCACGGCCAGUACUCCUCGGGCCUCCUGCCGUGGCAGCUCGGCCCGUCCUCCGCCGGGCCGUCCUACAUGAUCCCGUCUGCGCCCUUCGGCGUACCGGAGUCCGGUGGGUCUUUUGGUGAUGGAUUCGCUGAUGGCGGCGGCCUGCAGCUUCAGGGGCAGGGGCAGCAUCAGUACGGGGGGCUGUUCGGGCUGGAGCCGCCUACGGAGCUGCACGGGCCGUCGUCGUCGAGGAUGAUGGUGUCCGGGCUGCUGGGGAGCCUGCAGGCGGAGCUGGGCCGGAUGACGGCCAAGGAGAUCAUGGACGCCAAGGCGCUGGCGGCGUCCCGCAGCCACAGCGAGGCCGAGCGGCGACGCCGGCAGCGCAUCAACAGCCACCUCGCUAGGCUCCGGAGCCUCCUCCCCAACACCACCAAGACGGACAAGGCGUCGCUGCUGGCGGAGGUGAUCGAGCACGUGAAGGAGCUCAAGCGCCAGACGUCGGCGAUCAUGGCCGUCUCAUCGGCCUCAGGGGAGGAUCACGCGGCGGCCCCGGCGGUGCAGCGGCAGCUGCUGCUGCCGACCGAGGCGGACGAGCUGGAGGUGGACGCGGCGGCGGGCGAGGACGGGCGGCUCGUGGUGCGGGCGUCGCUGUGCUGCGAGGACCGGCCGGGGCUCAUCCCGGACGUGGCGCGCGCCCUGGCCGCGCUCCGCCUGCGCGCGCGCCGCGCCGAGAUCGCCACGCUCGGCGGCCGCGUCCGCAACGUGCUCCUCAUCACCGCCGCCGACGAAGAUGAAGAAGAAGAAGGAGACGGUGGGCGCGAGGAAGAAGACGAGGACGAGCGCGCUGGCGCUGCAGGCUCGCACCGGAGGAGGCACGAGCUGGUGGCGUCCAUCCAAGAGGCGCUGCGCGGCGUCAUGGACCGAAAGGGCGCCGGGGCGAGCAGCGACACCAAUACUACGUCCUCGUCCGGCGGCGGGGGCGGCGGUGGGAGCAGCAUCAAGAGGCAGCGCGUGAACGGCGCACGGGAGCAAGGUUCAUUCUAGUACGUGUCCGGCCGGAUCCCCGGUAACGCACUUGCUAGCUACAACUCCAUAUAUAUGCAUGCCUAGCUAGCUAGCUAGCAUGAAAUAUGCAUCGUCCAUGUAGCUAGCUUAUGCAUGCAAAGUCGUUGCAAAAUCAAAUUAGUAUAGUUAAAAAGUUAUAGCUCACUCUUCGAGAUUUAGGAGUUCGAUCGGCUCUUCUCUUUUUUUCUUCUUUGUUUUUUGGUGUGUGCAUGCGGGAAACAAAAUGAAGGAUAAAUCUUAAUUUGGAUAUGUGUCGUCGUCGGACCAAGGUAGAGGGAGAUCAGUUUUAUAUAUGUAUCCCCUAUAUAUAUGUCUGUGUGCAUGUUACUUGCAUAUGUAUUGGGCAGAGGGCUGGGGUCAAUAUAUAAUUUGAGCUGUUUACUCUUAAUCUUUCACAGUACAACGGGGGAUGUGGGUGUAUACACGUGCAUGUAAUCUCUGGGGGUAUAAUGGAAGAAGGAAAUGGUGGGGUUGCUUAA